AUGAGUGGAGGUCGUUUUGAAUUUGAUGAUGGCGGAGCUUAUUGUGGUGGUUGGGAGGGUGGCAAAGCCCAUGGGCAUGGGAUCUGCACCGGACCUAAAGGACAGGGCGAGUUCUCCGGCUCCUGGAAUUACGGGUUUGAAGUAGUUGGAGUGUACACCUGGCCAAGCGGAAACACCUUUGAAGGCUUCUGGUCGCAAGGGAAGCGCCAUGGUCUAGGAGUUGAAACUAAAGGACAUUGGGUUUACAAGGGAGAAUGGACUCAUGGCUUCAAGGGGAGAUAUGGCUUGCGUCUGAGUGUGGGUAGUGGAGCAAAAUAUGAAGGAACAUGGAAUAACGGAUUGCAAGAUGGAUAUGGCACAGAGACAUAUGCUGAUGGAGGUAUGGGAUCGUUUUUCUAUUCUAUUAUGUUGUCCAGUGUCUGGAGGUGGGCUUGCCACUUAAUCAUGUACCAGCCAUGUAAUGGCAUUUAAUUAAAUCAAGUAUAUGUAAGUGAAUCUGUAAUUUAUCAUAUGUAAUAGCAAUGCAAUAACAGUGUAAUAAUAUUGUACCUUUACUGCACAUCCAUUUGCCUCACUUGACAUUUAUCUUACUUUACAUUUAACAUUUGAAGAAGGGUAGAGGUAAUUGCAUAGGAUGGGUAUUUAUUUUCUGUAGUGCUGAUAUAAGUGCAGCUGAAGGUAUAGCAUCAGGGAUAUGAGUGAUUAUCUACAGUACAGUAGGCUAUACAGUACAAUACCAAUGGCCCAUUUGGGUGUUUUAUAUGAGAAUGAAUGACUAAAGCUUGCACCAGUGAACCAAGGAGAGGAACCCAAGUGUUGCUGCAGAUGGUCCAUUGGGAUCUUGCCCAUUGCUAAGGACCUCUUGCCAAAGUAUAGUGGCAGUGGAAGGCACAUUAGGGGUGUGUGUCAAUACAAAGUGUGUCCUAUGAUGUGGGAAGUUAAACUAAGCUGUCUUAGCUGUUUUAGUUUCAUUGUUGUCACACACAUACAGAAGAAGUAAUGGGCCCGGUGCUGAUUGGUCGCCCCUGUCUAUAUAAUCUUGAUCAAACUGAGCCUAGAUCAGCACUCCUACUCUGAGACGCCCUAAAGAACUGGUGAGAGAGUGACGGAACAUUAACAGGAGAAACAAGACUGAUUGCUCGACAAUGUUGAAUGAAUGAACAGUAGCUUAGGCAGAGGAGUUCGCAAAAGCACAUGCAGUAGAGAUCUAGGACUAGGCUAUAUCUUCUCAUACUGUAACUGUACACUUGAACAUGCUGAAAGAUCACACCAAUAAUAUUGGUGGCUAUGCUGUCUGCUUAAAGCCCCUGGUCCCCUCAGUAGCUGACUCAUCAGAUUUGGGCCCAUUUGAUUGGUUGAUUGGGAGAUUCUGUCAGGAAGUAAUAAUAGCCCAGCAGGCUGCUGUGUCCUCUUGGCCUCACAGUCCAGCUAUAGAUACAGCCAAUGGCAUCCAGACACAGAUUUUGCAUGACAGACUAGACCCAUGAUUAGUUUGGGUAACAUGAAAAACUUGCACUGUAGUCUUUCACGCAAACUAUAGGCCUACCUAUCAAAUCAUAUGUUACUGUGUUGAUGUACUUCAUAGUGUAGGACAAAGUAGAAAUAAUGUGUCAGUGUUCUCUAUCAUGUUAUAGUUCCUGACCAGCAUUGAUUCCACAUAGUCUAAGUUACUUCAACGUUACAAUUAUGCAAUUUAUUCUGCUUUCAAAACAAAACCACUCAUCUCACACUGUUGAUUUACCUUGCAGUGACAUACGGGUGAUGAUAAUGAGUUAAAUAGCCAGCCCACACAUUUUCAAUGAAAUUGUGUAGGACAUGUGAGGCUAGUGAAGACUGUUUAGUCUAUAUCUUGUCUAUUUUUGUAGAUGUUAAUAUAUCCAUCAAUGCCCUCUGUUUCUUUCCAGGCACAUUUCAGGGCCAGUUUACUGGCGGUAUGCGAAACGGGUACGGAGUCCGUCAGAGCGUGCCCUACGGUAUGGCGGCGGUGGUUCGCUCCCCUCUCCGCACCUCCCUCACCUCCCUCCGCAGCGAGCACAGCAACGGCACCUUGCUCCAGCAGGAUGUCCCCGCCAUCACCACCACCAACGUCGCCGGCCAGGAGACCCGGGUCACCACGCCCACCCAGCUGGGGCCCUCCCGGGGCGGCUUCGCCCUGACACUCCAGGUGGACCCGGACGCCGUUAAACCCAAGAAGAAGGGCCUGUUCCGAAGGGGGUCUCUCCUGGGGAAACUAACGAAGUCAGACUCCCGUACGUCCUUAUCCAGCGUGAAGAGCAAGUUAAGCUUCCUGGGAUCGAGGAGCGAAUCAGCGCUAAGUUCUGCUGCCAGCAAUGUGGCCUGUGAUGCCAACUCCACCAUCAGUCUGGGAGACGAGAGCCUGGCCGGGGCGGAUGAAUUCCCCCCCGUGGAGGCCGACAUCGAUGCCACCACCACAGAGGUCUACAUGGGGGAGUGGAAGAACGACAAGCGCUCGGGCUAUGGAAUAAGCGAACGGUCCAGUGGUCUGAGGUAUGAGGGUGAGUGGUUGGACAACCAGCGACACGGCUAUGGAUGCACUACCUUCACGGAGGGGGGCAAGGAGGAGGGAAAGUAUAUGAACAAUAUGCUGGUGAAGGCCAUGAAGAAAAGGGUGAUCCAACUGAAGGGCACCAAGAUCCGGCAGAAGGUGGAGCGCAGUGUGGAGGGAGCUCAGCGUGCCUCUGCCAUCGCCAAACAGAAAGCAGAGAUCGCUGCUUCCAGGUAUAGACAUACUCUGAGCAUACCAAACACCUUCCUAAUACUGAGUUGCACCCCCUUUUGCACUCAGAACAGCCUCAAUUAAUUGGGCAUGGACUCUACAAGGUGUCAAAAGCGUUCCACAGGGAUGCUGGCCCAUGUUGACUCCAAUGCUUCCCACAGUUGUGUUAAGUUCACUGGAUGUCCUUUGGGUGGUGGACCAUUCUUGAUACAUUUACAUUUUAGUAGACACUCUUAUCCAGAGCAACUUACAGUAGUCGUUGCAUACAUUUUCUUCAUACUUGUCCCCCAUGGGAAUCAAACCCACAACCCUGCGUUGCAAGCGCCAUGCUCUACCAACUGAGCUACACGGGACACACACGGGAAACUGUUGAGCGUGAAAAACCCAGCAGCUUUGCAGUUCUUGACACAAACCGGUGCACCUGGUACCUACUACCAUACGCCGUUCAAAGGCAUUUCAAUCUUUUGUUUUGCCCAUCCACCCUCUGAAUGGCACACAUACACAAUCCAAGUCUCAAUUGUCUCAAGGCUUACACAUUCUUCUUUAACCUGCCACCUCCCAUUCAUCUACACUGAUUGAAGUGGAUUAACAAGUAACAUCAAUAAGCGAUUAUAGCUUUCACCUGGAGUCACCUGGUCAGUCUAUGUCAUGGAAAGAGCAGGUGUUCUUAAUGUUUUGUACACUCAGUGUAUAUACAGUUGAAGUUGGAAGUUUACAUACACUUAGGUUGGAGUCAUUAAAACUCGUUUUUCAUCCACUCCACAAAUGUAUUGUUAAUGAACUAUAGUUUUGGCAAGUCGGUUAGGACAUCUACUUUGUGCAUGACACAAGUAAUUUUUCCAACAAUUGUUUACAGACAGAUUAUUUCACUUAUAAUUCACUGUAUCACAAUUCCAGUGGGUCAGAAGUUUACAUACACUAAGUUGACUGUGCCUUUAAACAGCUUGGAAAAUUCCAGAAAAUGAUGUCAUGGCAUUAGAAGCUUCUGAUAGGUUAAUUGACAUCAUUUGAGUCAAUUGGAGGUGUACCUGUGGAUGUAUUUCAAGGCCUACCUUCAAACUCAGUGCCUCUUUGUUUGAAAUCAUGGGAAAAUCAAAAGAAAUCAGCCAAAACCUCAGAAAGAAAAUGGUAGACCUCCACAAGUCUGUUUCAUCCUUGGGAGCAAUUUCAUAACACCUGAAGGUACUACGUUCAUCUGUACAAACAAUAGUACGCAAGUAUAAACACCAUGGGACCACGCAUCCAUCAUACCGCUCAGGAAGGAGACGCGUUCUGUCUCCUAGAGAUGAACGUACUUUGGUGCGAAAAGUGCAAAUCAAUCCCAGAACAACAGCAAAGGACCUUGUGAAGAUGCUGGAGAAAACAGGUACAAAAGUAUCUAUAUCCACAGUAAAACGAGUCCUAUAUCGACAUAACCUGAAAGGCCACUCAGCAAGGAAGAAGCCACUGCUCCAAAACCGCCAUAAAGAAGCCAGACUACGGUUUGCAACUGCACAUGGGGACAAAGAUCGUACUUUUUGGAGAAAUGUCCUCUGGUCUUGAUGAAACAAAAAUAGAACUGUUUGGCCAUAAUGACCAUCGUUAUGUUUGGAGGAAGCCGAAGAACACCAUCCCAACCGUGAAACACGGGGAUGGCAGCAUCAUGCUGUGGGGGUGCUUCGCUGCGGGAGGGACUGGUGCACUUCAAAAUUAUGUGGAUAUAUUGAAGCAACAUCUCAAGACAUCAGUCAGGAAGUUAAAGCUUGGUCACAAAUGGGUCUUCCAAAUGGACAAUGACCCCAAGCAUACUUCCAAAGUUGUGGCAAAAUGGCUUAAGGACAACAAAGUCAAUGUAUUGGAGUGGCCAUCACAAAGCCCUGACCUCAAUCCUAUAGAAAAUGUGUGUGCAGAACUGAAAAACCAUGUGCGAGCAAGGAGGCCUACAAACCUGACUCAGUUACACCAGCUCUGUCAGGAGCAAUGGGGCCAACAUUCACCCAACCUAUUGUGGGAAGCUUGUGGAAGGCUACCCGAAACGUUUGACCCAAGUUAAACAAUUUAAAGGCAAUGCUACCAAAUACUAAUUGAGUGUAUGUAAACUUCUGACCCACUGGGAAUGUGAUUAAUGAAAUUAAAGCUGAAAUAAAUCAUUCUCUCUACUAUUAUUCUGACAUUUCACAUUCUUAAUAUAAAGUGGUGAUCCUAACUGACCUUAGACAGGGAAUAUUUACUAGGAUUAAAUAUCAGGAAUUGUGAAAAACUGAGUUUAAAGGUAUUUGGCUAAGGUGUAUGUAAACUUCCGACUUCAACUGUACAUGACUGGGAUAGACUAGGUGAUUAUGAUCAGACACAUUUUUAGCAUUUUUUAACACCAAAAUAACAAGCACACUAUUUCAACCCAUUGUGUUAUAACUGUUUAUUACCUAUGUCCUAUGUAUAAACAAUUACUUACCUUCUUUAAAAAAACUUUAUAAAUCCUUCAAGUACACAACAUUUCUCUCUAUAACAACUUCCUCUAUGCCUCACCUCCCCUCUCCCAGUAUUCCCUUAAACAUUUCACUAAGAAGAGCAAGGCUCUGCUUCAAUGUCAAUGUUAAAUGUUUUAGUCACUGAUGCCUACUUCUGCAUAGCAGUGCAUGGACAAGAGGGCUACUGUAUGGCACUGAAUGGUAAGAAGAGUGAUCUUGGCAAAUAAAGAAACCUUUGAGUUAGUUCAGAAUCAGCAGUUGCAGGUGUUGCUCCCAUGACUUCUCUGGCUGUGGUCACAAUAGGAACCAUAGAGAACACAGAGGAAAACGUUACUUCUCUAUGUGGAGUUACCAGGCUCUUUAUAGACAGUUGGUAACUGAACGAGCAGUGUCUUUCUGCCUCUGCCAUGUUUGAACUAGCCUUAGAUCAGAGAUCAUGUUUGAACUAGCCUUAGAUCAGAGAUCAUGCUUGAACUAGCCUUAGAUCAGAGAUCAUGUUUGAACUAGCCUUAGAUCAGAGAUCAUGUUUGAACUAGCCUUAGAUCAGAGAUCAUGCUUGAACUAGCCUUAGAUCAGAGAUCAUGUUCGAACUAGCCUUAGAUCAGAGAUCAUGUUCGAACUAGCCUUAGUUCAGAGAUCAUGCUUGAAUUCUUGCAUCCAUUUUUCCUUGCUACUCUCAUGUGCUAGAGGACAGCCCUGGUAGAAGAAGGCUGUUUAUUGACACCACUGUUCGUUGACAGCACAGUGCCUCAAACAAUGAAAAUGAAAGCCAUUCUCCUCCUUCAGUGUAUGGGGAUCCAGGUGAAGAGAAAAGUCAGCUUUGUCAAAUAGAAAUGACUGUCAAGUUCAAAAGGGGAAGAAGCAAUGUCAUGGUUUCAGUUUGCUGUGCAGCCCCUUGGCAUAAUGGUGACAUGGGCCUUUCUCUAAAAAGUUGUCUGUUGGAUUCCCUGACAUCCCUCUUACCUUUACUGUUUGCGUCAUGUGUGUGACUCUGGGUAUUGUGACAGCAAUGGCUGUAUCAAUGCGUUGCGUUGUGCAUAAGAACAGCGCUGAGCCGUGGUAUAUUGGCCAUAUACCACACCCCCUCGUGCCUUAUUGCUUAAUUCUAUUGCCUUCCACUAUAAGCCACAUCUCGGAGGAGCUAGCAUACUUGACCGUAAGGGAACCUAGCUGCAGUGCACUUCAGUUUAGAUUGAUACGCUUUUGAGAGAGGGUGUUCGUUGAGACUCUUCUAUUUGCUGAUAGGGAGGUAAGUCUCUGAGGUAUCACUUUACAAUGAAGCUUUGAUAUCUGACCAAGCAUAUCAGAAUUUGAUUUUGUUCUUUGUGUACUGUAGGCCUAGACCUUGUUUGCACUCUUACAUACUUAGGCUACCGACACAGAGAAACAGUCAAUGACGGUCAAGAUGACACAGGUUUCCUCUGUGCCUCACCAAAGAAGGCAGCAGUGUAUAUAUCUACUGUAAGCCACAACAGCACCUGAAAUAAGCCCAAUGUUUACAACAGUAAGUUUACGUCCCAAAUGGCACCCUAUUGCCUUUAUAGUGCACUACUUUUGGCCAGGGCCCAUAGGGUAGUGCACUAUAUAGGAAAUAAGGUGCCAUUUGGGACGCAUCCUAAGGCUCUGGCUGAUGAACUACAGAUCCUGUCCUGACUCCUAGGCAGAUGGAAAUCUAAAUAUUUUACCACUGAUACCAGCAGUAUUACAACAGUUAGGGGCCCAGAAAUAUGUGUAUUGUUUUAGGCUCAGCUACAUUAUCUUCUACAGACAGGCCUAGCCAUGAAGACUCCAUAAAUAGACAUGUGAAACAACCAGAAGCCUUUUGAGGAUUCACUGUGGAAACAGACAGUUAGUGGAUUAAGGACACCACGGUGGUCUUAACCUGCCUGGUCUCUAGAGGUUUUCAUCAAUGAAAGAGGCCAAACCUGAUUGUCCCAUACAUUCAGCACAUUGUCCCAUACCCCAGAACCUCUAACUAGCGACCUCCAGUAAUACAAAACUGAUACAAAAUAAUUGUUCUUGUUCCUACUAUUUUACUAUUAUUCCUACUUUGAAAAUAGUGAAGUGGCUGAGCUUGUCACUUGGAUUCAAGAAAUAGAAACGACCUGGAGCUUACUAAUCACCCAUACAUACUACACAGAAGAGUUUGAUUUAGCAUUGAAGCCCUCUGUUCUGUUGUUGUGGAGGGGUGGAUGACAGGGCAGGGCAGCUAGCCAGGAUGGUAUCCUUUUGCCAGACGUGAACUAUGUCCCUGACAGCAGUGACUCUCUGCAUACUGCCCAGCCAACAGCCACGGUGCCAGGGCCAACAAGCAGCCAUUGUGAUUAAGUCAGUGGUUUAUAAAUACAACAUGUCCAUUGAGACACGAGCCGCCCUUAGGUUAGGUUAGCUAAUACUCCCUCUCUUCCCCUAUCUCCCUGCCCUGACAUCCAGUCAGUAUUUUGAGGUGGGUGUGGGUGGGUCUGGGUCUGGUGUGAGGCUGAGUCUCUCCAGAGGAUCUGAAGGCAGCAGAGGCCACGGCGGUCUGGGACUGUCUGGGUGUAAAUGGCGCACACAGAGAGAGAGGCCUAGUAUCAGUAGUCAGUACAAAAUGGAGGCCUAGACUGACUGACUGGAUGACUAAAUAAGGGCAGGCACACACUGUUGCUGAAUCACAAUCACAGGCGAAUGCAGGCAACAGCUGAUUGCUGUUGCUAUCGCGUCUUCCAGCAACUUUCCUGCCCAGUCUAAAUAGUCUACACUCUGUCUAGUAACGUCACAUCAUAGUUUACUCUAGAAGUAGCACUGCUGUAAAACAACUCAUCAAUGAAUCGUGAUGGAACUAACCAAGGCUUGCUUACUUGAACGAUUACUAAAACAACCAAGGCUUUCUUUAUAAGAUCCAAAAAUGGAAUAUGUUUAUGGUGUUAGUAUCCUCAACUAAACCUGAAGACAACUUUGUGUAUCUGUUGGAACAGUUUGUUAACCAAUCCCCAUGCCAUGACAAGGCUCUAAAACAAGUUUUAGCACUUUCUCACUGGUAGCUAGCGGACAAAAAACCAGACCUGGGUUCAAAUAGUAUUUGAAAUAAUUGCAAAUACUGUAUCUGGGUUUGAUUGAGCUUACCUGGCGCAAUGAAAAAAAUGGGAAAUCACAAAACUACAAAACCUUGCCUAUCUGGCAUUUCAGGCAGGCUAAAGCAAACAAUUAAGUUAUUUAAAUGAUUUCAAAUAGUAUUUAAACCUAGGUCUGCAAGCAACACAUAAUUGACACCACAGCAGUCAGUCAGCCUUCCUUGCGUCAGCAGGGGUGUCAAAUGGAUUCAUGGAUAUAAAUAUGCCCGAGCUCAUAACUAAGUGGGGAUUAGAGGUUGGUGUAUACAUGUACCACACCUAGCAUUAGUCGGGUGUCUAGACUUACAUACAGUAGUGCUGAUAUGUACAUUUUGUUUCAAUGCAGCCAAUCAUAUGAUUCGUAAAUAUGAGUGUUCCGGAUAACACUGUCUAUUCUUACUUUUGUACUGUAUGUACACUCGCAAUACCUAUUUAUUGUCAAAGUGGUAUUGACUCCCGUGUGUAGUUCGAAAGAAUGACAAUACGACUAAGAAAACUGUAGUGAGACAAACUUGUACCUGACUACACACAUACUGAUUUUGUCAGUCUUCCAAUUUACAUUGUUUCAAAUCAGAAGAGGUAAUGAAAGUCUAAUGUUGGUGUUGGUGUCCUUUCACUCAGAAGAUCAAGCAAAUAAUUGAUGUCCUGACUGCUCUGUCAAGUAGCACAUUUAUACUGCUAGUAUUAUGAAACCCUCCCCCUGCUAUAAGUUCAGGACCCCACUCAUCUGCAGAACACCAGUGACAGGCCACGAUGACAGAGGAUCUCCUGUGACUGUGAAACAUGAAGAAAAGCAGACUGACCUAAAGUGAAUAUCCAGUGACAGUGAAGCCUAAUUAAGUAUUUUUAAGCAGAAAAUUACAUUAGCCAUUCUUUUUUAAAUGAAUGUCAAGCUAGCUUUAUGUUCAUGUUUCAAUAUCGGUUGGGGUUGAAGACAAGUUUGUGAUGACUGACUGAGUGUCUUGCAUUCGCUGGCUUCUUGCCCUUAGAAUAUGGGGGGUAUCCAUUGGGGAAGUCUAAAAGCACAUAUGGUAUUUAGGUCGCAGCUUCAUAUCAGACUUUGUUGAACAAGUCUAUAGAUUACUGCAUUGUUGUAUUUGGAGCUUGCAAGAAAGACAUUUCACUGUACAUGUUUUAUGUGACAUUAAAACUUGAAACUUGAAACCAAUCAGUAGAGGGCCACCAACUAAACUGUAGUAAAACUACCUUGGUUCUGGAGUACUGAGCAUUGAUAUUAGCCUGGCCACAGAUAUGUUUGUGCUGGUCUCAGAUCUGUUUGUGCUGUAUUACCUGAUGGUAAAACUGAUUGUUGCCUUGUCCUAGAUCUGUUUGUUCUGUAUAGCCAACUGUCCUGUAUAGCCAACUCCUUUGGCACAACAGUGACCACAGGAGUUGGCAUAGGAGUUGGCUAUACAGCAUAGUUGGCUAUACAGAACAAACAGAUCUAGGACCAGGCAACAAUCAGUUUUACCACCAGGUAAUACAGCACAAACAGAUCUGAGACCAGGCUACACUGAUGGUUUACUUAGCAAGCCAUCUGAGAGGACUCUGAGGACUGUGAGGAGUACUGCAGGUAGUCAGAAAGCACCAUCUGUUGUGACACUCCUCCCACGGAAUGGCACUGCCUGGCAACCCAACAGAACGGCCUGCCAUUUUAGGAACCUCUAAACACUACACACCAGAUCAUGUUGUUAUGUGUUACCAGUAGCCUGUCAUAUCUGUGAAAUGUAAAAAUGUUAGGCUGUAUGUUUGUCUCACUACUUACACAAUGUGAAAUGGAUGUUUCUAGUCAGUCUAGAUAGAGUCUAGACCAAACCUUAUGAGCCUCAGCCUAGACCACACUUUUAUCAGAAUGACUAGUAGUCUAUUGUGAAGUUUUGAAAGUAAGUUUUAUACAACUUCUUACCCCAGUUAGUAGUUCAUAGCCUUGUAAAUUGCAGAUGGGCUUGUCAGCUGUUCAAUAGCACAGACUCUCCAGCCCUCCAUAGCACAGACUCCACAGCCCUCAAUAGCACAGACUCCCCAGCUCUCAAUAGCACAGACUCCCCAGCCCUCAAUAGCACAGACUCCCCAGCCCUCAAUAGCACAGACUCCCCAGCCCUCAAUAGCACAGACUCCCCAGCCCUCAAUAGCACAGACUCCCCAGCCCUCAAUAGCACAGACUCUCCAGCCCUAUGUCUGCUCUUUUAUCAAGAUAACCAGCCUGUCUGAGACUGGUCUGAGACUACUGUAUAAGAAGCAGUGAAGAAGCCCCUAAAAGAGGGAUUGUUGACUUAAGAGCAGACAGGUGUUGAUAUUCUAUAUCAAGACAGGGAGUCCCAGCCACCUCAGCCUAAUUGUUCCAUUGGGGAAGUGCUGCCUACCCCUCAAAGUCUUUAAGUGGAUGGAUCUUUAUUUGAGCCCAGUAGUGUAACAUUACAGUAUGUCAAGUAUUCACGUAGUAAACACAAUCAGUAAGUCUCAGCCCCAGCUGAGCCUGAGCUUUGGGUAGAUAUCAGUAGCAUUGAACCCUGAAAACCAUCACUCCUUCACUAGGUUUUAUAAUAACCCUGGGAGGUAACCAGAGAAAAAUAGAAGAGAAAAUGUUGGGCAAGAGGAGGAGUCUGUAGAGUAUGUUUAGAUACAGUAUACAUAUUUAAGUGCUGUCAAGCUCCAACUUUUGAUAUACAUUUAUUUAAUGCAAUAUUAUGUAGCCUUAAUGUCACAGACACAUUGUGCAGACACGAUAUACUGUAUGUUCUAAAAGUUUCACAAACUUCUGUACAUGCAUUUUAUCAAAAAAGUAUGACGAUUAGUAGUAUACAGUAAAUAGGUAAACUUUUUUUAAAUCAAGGGUAACUGUAUACUAAAUCUGCAUUUAUUACAUUUGCCUCCUCUACAGUGUGUAUAAAUACACAGACUCAUCCUAAAUAAAUCUGUGAAUAUAACAUACACAGUACAGGGGAACAUCCUGCAAACCCCCUGGCACUAACUCAUUGUCUGGGUCGAGGUGUUAAAAUAGUCAUUUAUUUCUGUUCCAGCCAAUGGGAGAAUAGGACACCCUCUGCAGCUAAUAAUAAUAAUGAACCACAUGACCAACUCAACCCCACACAUCAGCCCUAUAGGUUUUUAAAUGAAUGAAUAUUGUAAACAAGAUCUCUGUAAUAUUUCUGUCCAUUUGAGUCUGGUUUUGGAUUAGUACAUUAGCGUUGGUUUUUACAGCACAACCCUUUAGUUGGUUUGUGCUUUUGGUUUGUACCAGUAUUCAUCUCUUGGACUAUAGGGCUAACUGGGUAUAUGGCAUGGUAUGGGAAUCUUAAGUGUUGGGGAUGUUCUCAUUGCUUUUUAUAGUCCAGACAAAGUGCCAAAGUAUCUUUCCAAAUUAAGAGGAAGGGAAUGGAUUGGGUUUGCAAUGGCAACAGCAGUCACCUAAAACCUAGCGAAAGUGCAGCAGGAUUUCCCAAUCAUUUUCACAGACAAAUGUUGUCAUGAUCAAAGAUCAGAAUGAUCUGCUUAACAAUGUUUCAACUUUUAGCUCUGAUCUGUUUAUUUGAAUAUUUGAUCACGAUGACAUCAUAAGUAGCUACAGAUUUAGCAUGCCAUUGUAAAGAUGAACAGUUGAGGCCCUUUGCUCCACUAUGAGCUAAAAUAAGUAAAUCAAGUAAGUCAUUGAAAGGUUGGGUUAGUUGAUGUUGAGUAAAGAAGCUUUGUUUGUUUCCCUGCAGGACGACCCAUGCUAAGGCCAAGUCAGAUGCUGCUGAUCAGGCCUCUCAGGCCUCUAACCAGGAGUCCAGCGUCGCCAGGUUGGUGGCCAGGGAACUAUCCCCUUCCUUCUAUCAGCCAGGUAUGUGUACUGGACUUCUCAACUGUGGGAUUGAGGGCAUGAUACUGACAAGAGAAAAACAUAUACAAGAAUUGUGAUUUCCAGGCUUUCUCACAUUCGUUCCAAUAGCCAAGUGCUGUAUGAGACUUGGAAGUAUAGUAAUGCUUGCCUUUCAAGAACAGUAUUGAAAAGCAAGUGUUACAAAGUGAAUUGAAUGAUAUUAUAAGAUUUUAAAAGCAAAGUAAAGUUCUGUUCAAAGCAUCUAGCUUCUUGCUGUAUACACUGAUAGAUAGAUAUGUCUUGCUACUGUUGCAGCUGAUUCUUGCUUGGCUUGGGCAGGCUCUCCACAAGGGUAGUCAGCCUUGAAUGUCUAAAAAAAGGACUGUCUUACUUGUGUAGAGCAAUCAUAUCAGUUUCUUUACAGGUCUGUCCGGGCCCAGGCCCACACAGUCAGGCCCCAAAGCCUUGUCGAGUGUGCCUCUGCAUUUCUAUCCCCCCUCAGUCACUCACUACCCACCCAGGACCCCGUUGAGUGCUUAGCAGAUGCAAAUAGACACUGAUAAAAAGUUGCCACUGACUGUCGAGUGCCUGAAAUAUCUGUGUCUAAUGGUACAAAUGGGAAAGGGCACAGUGUCACUCAACCCCACUGAAGCUGACAGGGAGAAACAGUGCUAUAGGCUAUAGUAUUUCCCGGAUUCUUCCUGCAAGAAUUUUCCUUGAUCUUCGUGAAUUAAACAUUGGGACAAGAAUUGGGGGCUAAUAACAGUAUGUGAUUGAUAGUAGAUUGUCUCACUCCAUCUACUAGUCUUUUUGUCUUUGUUUGGCUUGUCUGUACUCUAUGUCAGAUAGUAAGUGGUUACGUCAGAGCCUGUUAAUAGAAGGCUCUGAGUCAAGUCAGUGGUCAUGUCCGAAUAAACAGACUAGCGUACUACAUACUCAUUUCGACGCUUAAUCUAGUUGUAGAAGUCACUCGUCUUUUCCGACUGACGUGUUUGACAACAGCUGAUAAUCAGAUAAAUUUACACGCUGUACUAAAAUGAAUGAAUGGCGGGAGUCAACGCAAUCGCGCAUUAGAUGACGCGUUCAGAGUGCUAUUUUCGAAAUUUCACAUACUCUAAAACUUAAUUUUUUCGCAUACUAUUUAGUACGCUAGUAUGGGUAUUCGGACACGAGCAGUAUUUCAAAUCCUACCCUGCAAAAUGAUGUUAUAGGUUGUAAAUAAAAUAAAUGAAAAAUUAAUUAGGCCUAUAUUACAGACUCAACUUGUUUGGUUUGUCAUAUUGCAAUUCAGCUAUUAGUUUAAAGGCCCACUCUGUGAUAUUUACAGCCUAAAGUAGCAUGUUUUUGCAUCAGACUGCAAAAAUGUGACCUAUGAAUAAUCAACCCUUUAUGGGAUAUUUUACGGGAUCCGCAGUUGCUGUGUUUUCUCAAGCCAACUGUAGUCACCCCACAUUAGGUUUUAUAGCAAGAUGUUCCUGGGGUGACUGUCACAGGACUGCGUUACAAGCAGACAGAGUGGCUCCAAAUACAAAUCUAGACCUUGGCGAUACUUCUCAAAUCCAUCCACGACUGUCUGCACUUCCUAGCUAAUAACCUCCAAAAUAUCCUGCACUAACCAUUUUUUAUUAGCUACCCUGUAAAACAACACAUUUCACUGUACGUGACAAUAAAACAUCUAUAAAUAAAUUAGUCUGAUGUUUAUCUAGUCUGAUCUAGUCUUAUCUUGUUGUUAUUGGAAUCUCAUCAAACAUAUAUUUCUCCAUGUUCUUCCACAGGCCCAGAGUACAUGAAGAAGAGAGCGCUACAGGAGAUCUCAGAUGGCAAUGGGAACCCAGACCCUAUAAUGCAUGAGCCACUGUUAGCAGGGCAGCCACCGACACCCGCUGAAAGCCCAAUGCUGCCCGACAGGCCUGGCUACUCUCCAGCCCGCACACCCUCCCCCAGCCCGGCUGUGACCCAUCCAGCAUCCAGGCACUCCAAGCAGGGCAACGUCAGCAAAGAGGACCCCCAUCUCCUCGGCCCUGCUGGCUGGAACGGGGACAAAGGUGGUGGAAGUCGGGGGAGCAGCCGUCCCAAUAGCAGAACCAACAGCCGGCCCAGCACUCCCGCCCCUGCCGCUGCUCCCCCUGAAGAGCGCCUCGCUACUGCCCCCAUCGCUAGCAGCCGGGGGUCCUCCCGCGCCUCCAGCCGCUUGAGCAACAAGGUAGAGCAGGGCUCUGACCUGGAGAUCAAGCCCCUGGAGAAGACGGCAUCUGAGGCUAAAGUGUCCGAAGCUGCUCCCUCGAUAAGGACCAGUGUCGUCUACUCAGAAGAAGAAAAAGAAGCCCCACCCCCUUCUCCCGCCUCCAACGUGUCUUCCAAAGCUGCCCUCACCCCCAAGCCUAAAUCGGCAGAGCCCAAACAAAGAACAGAGUCGGUCAAUGAACGACCUGUGUCCACCAUAUCUGAGAGCAAACUAGAGUCCAGUGCCCAGUCUGUCAAUAAAGUGUCACCCAAGCCUUCGCCAUCACUCAAGCCAUUGACGAAACGGGAGGCCAGUCCAGCUUCAAAACCUGCCACACCUGCACCUACACCAGUGCCUAAAGCUGCGAAGCCAGCCCCUAAGGUUGAACACAAAGCGGAGGCCAAGCUGAUGAAGAUCAUGGUGAAGAGCCCAAGUACAAGUGAAGUUACAGAACUAGUAGAAUUUGAGCAGGCAAGGCAACUCAAACACUCAUUAUCUCAUGUAAUGAAAAGCUUUGAGAACACAUUCAGUCAAAUGAAGACUGUUCUUACAUGUUAUGUAGUACACUCUCCCAUGACCUGGGUUCUAAAAGUAGAUUCAAAACAUACAGUAGGUCCUCUCUCCUCUAAGUGCAAAUGUGUAACCUGAUGUUACUCUGGAGACUAUUAUCUACAGUUGGUGCUGGUCCUUUAAACCACACUAAUCAGACCCCAUUUCUGAUUAACCUCCCCUCCUCUUUUCCUCUGUUAUCUAAUAAUAAUUAUCCCUCUACUUAUGUUCGUACAGUGGGGAAAAAAAGUAUUUAGUCAGCCACCAAUUGUGCAAGUUCUCCCACUUAAAAAGAUGAGAGAGGCCUGUAAUUUUCAUCAUAGGUACACGUCAACUAUGACAGACAAAAUGAGAAAAAAAUCCAGAAAAUCACAUUGUAGGAUUUUUUAUGAAUUUAUUUGCAAAUUAUGGUGGAAAAUAAGUAUUUGGUCAAUAACAAAAGUUUCUCAAUACUUUGUUAUAUACCCUUUGUUGGCAAUGACACAGGUCAAACGUUUUCUGUAAGUCUUCACAAGGUUUUCACACACUGUUGCUGGUAUUUUGGCCCAUUCCUCCAUGCAGAUCUCCUCUAGAGCAGUGAUGUUUUGGGGCUGUCACUGGGCAACACGGACUUUCAACUCCCUCCAAAGAUUUUCUAUGGGGUUGAGAUCUGGAGACUGGCUAGGCCACUCCAGGACCUUGAAAUGCUUCUUACGAAGCCACUCCUUCGUUGCCCGGGCGGUGUGUUUGGGAUCAUUGUCAUGCUGAAAGACCCAGCCACGUUUCAUCUUCAAUGCCCUUGCUGAUGGAAGGAGGUUUUCACUCAAAAUCUCACGAUACAUGGCCCCAUUCAUUCUUUCCUUUACACAGAUCAGUCGUCCUGGUCCCUUUGCAGAAAAACAGCCCCAAAGCAUGAUGUUUCCACCCCCAUGCUUCACAGUAGGUAUGGUGUUCUUUGGAUGCAACUCAGCAUUCUUUGUCCUCCAAACACUGACCAUAUGACAUUCUCCCAAUCCUCUUCUGGAUCAUCCAAAUGCACUCUAGCAAACUUCAGACGGGCCUGGACAUGUACUGGCUUAAGCAGGGGGACACGUCUGGCACUGCAGGAUUUGAGUCCCUGGCGGCGUAGUGUGUUACUGAUGGUAGGCUUUGUUACUUUGGUCCCAGCUCUAUGCAGGUCAUUCACUAGGUCCCCCCGUGUGGUUCUGGGGUUUUUGCUCACCGUUCUUGUGAUCAUUUUGACCCCACGGGGUGAGAUCUUGCGUGGAGCCCCAGAUCGAGGGAGAUUAUCAGUGGUCUUGUAUGUCUUCCAUUUCCUAAUAAUUGCUCCCACAGUUGAUUUCUUCAAACCAAGCUGCUUACCUAUUGCAGAUUCAGUCUUCCCAGCCUGGUGCAGGUCUACAAUUUUGUUUCUGGUGUCCUUUGACAGCUCUUUGGUCUUGGCCAUAGUGGAGUUUGGAGUGUGACUGUUUGAGGUUGUGGACAGGUGUCUUUUAUACUGAUAACAAGUUCAAACAGGUGCCAUUAAUACAGGUAAUGAGUGGAGGACAGAGGAGCCUCUUAAAUAAUAAGGUACAGGUCUGUGAGAGCCAGAAAUCUUGCUUGUUUGUAGGUGACCAAAUACUUAUUUUCCACCAUAAUUUGCAAAUAAAUUCAUUAAAAAUCAUACAAUGUGAUUUUCUGGAUAUUUUUUUCUCAAUUUGUCUGUCAUAGUUGACGUGUACCUAUGAUGAAAAUUACAGGCCUCUCUCAUCUUUUUAAGUGGGAGAACUUGCACAAUUGGUGGCUGACUAAAUACUUUUUUUCCCCACUGUACAUAUUCUCAACUGCAUUUCCUUUCUGAUGACCACAUUCAAGGCCAUUUUCCCAUUUCUGGUUGGGAACUUACAAACAGAUAACAUGACACAAUUUCUCUAGCAACCAACAACUACCAUCGUUAUCUCUAAAUAUUGCUAGAAAUGUCAAAUAUUGUAAUCCAGACGACCCAUUCCGAUCUAUGAAAGUAUGUAAAUAAACUUUGCAUUUCAGGUGACUGUUACAUAAGUGUUUAUAGAGGCAACAGUUAUUUGUUCUGAAUGAUUAUGGAGGCUGUAGAUGGCGUGCAGAUUAGUGGUUUGUCUGGGACAUGAGACCUUAGGGGAGGUUUUCCAUAGCCCAGGCCCCCUGUGUUGAAAGGGGCAUACUGCAUAUGAGAACCUACCAGGCCGCCAUAGCUGACGUAGACUUUGUAUUUGUUGAAAUGCAGCAGCAGCCCUGGCUUCUCUCCCAGUCACCAUAUUUUACAAUUGUUGUUACUAGAGUCAUUACAACAUUGCUACACAGGCAUGGAUGCAACUUCAAUAUAAAAAGGAUAAUUGUGAUUACAUUUUUCAUCCCAUUCGUUUCGCUGUUGUUUCAUAGAUUUUAAACAGGUCUGUCUUGAGGAAGACAUUUUUAUCUCAAUAUGACAAACCUGUAUAAAUAAAUGUUAAAUAAAACAUGAAAUGUAUCUACUGUACCUCUCUCUUCCAGAGACCGAACACCAUCAUGAUAACCAUGGUGAUUCUGCUCAACAUUGGCCUGGCCAUUCUCUUCGUACACAUCUUGUCAUGAGACACUGUCGACCCAGGUAACUAACACAGCUCGCUGACUGUCCUGCCAGUUACAGAUAUACACUGAAUGGUACCUGUUGCUUUUGUUCCAAGCAGUCAAAACACAAUGGCACUGAACCUCUGACCCUUGCAACCUGUAAGGAAAUGUCUGUUUGAUCUGGUCACAUGACUAAGUAUAGUUUGAUUUCAACAACAGUUACUGUUUACAUUGUUUUGACUCAGAGGUACUUCAAGGUGAUGAUGAUGAUGAUGAUGAUGAUGAUGAUGAGAAAUUAA